AUGAAUACUCAAGCACUAGGCUAUUCAAUUCAUAAUCCAAUAACUUUGGAUCUGGACCUGGAUCUGGAUCUGGACCAGAACUUCGAAGAUGCUCUAGAUGACUUCAGCCAAGUAAAUAUCAAAUGUGAAAAUUCCAAUCUCAUUUCUACCGAUGAGCAUAUUUGGUCGAGCCCUCAAUCAUUUAGACAGAGUCUGCCAUUCUCAUCAAUACAAGCUACUCCAUUGAGGACAAAUCUGUUCAAACACGAACUUGACUACUUGGCCAAAAAUUACUUUGUGUUUGUUGAGCCUCUAGGAUACUUCUAUCUGGAAAAAAGACAUUUUUUCAUCUCUUCAGAUUCAAAAUAUGCUACUUCCAAGUUAUAUAUAAAGUCAAAGCAAGGAUUUCUUGACCUCAUUAGCAAACUAACAAAACAAUCACCUUAUUACAACCAAAUAGAAGGCGAGUCAAAUAUUGUGAAUGUGGCUACUAUUCCAAGCCCUAUCCCUGGCAUUGAAAUAGAAGAAUUUGCCUUCUGUGAUUCCUGUAAAUACACCAGCUGUAUUGGGCGCGUCCCAGUGAAAUGUACCAGUCAUGGAUACAUGAGAAGGGGAGAAGGCUAUAGAGUGGAACUGGGAGGUUUCUUUCUAUUGAAGGAAUUCCCACGUAUGCCUUCUUUACCUGAUACUCCUCCACCAAGCACUCCAAAUAUGUAUGAUCGUAGUUCGACCAUACCUUGCUCUUCUCCCAUCCGCCGCCGAUCUCGCUUCACCAAUAGAGACUUGCAAGUCGAAUUCAAGGGCCCUCUUAUCACCGAAAUCCGUGUGAGAGAAUCUGAGAAUAUGACCGCUGAUGCCUUUUUGCAAAAAUACGCCAAUAUCAAAUUCAUUCCUGAUGUGGGGUUAUACUGGCACGAACAUGAACGUGUGUUUUUGGAUAGAAACUCUGAAAUUGUUCACAAAUCAUUGUCUUCUAUCAUUGACAAAUGCAAGUUUCUUGAAACACACAUGCAUGCAGUAAUGCUGAAUUCCUACUACUGGUAUUUGUUAGCCAGUGCUAAUACGCUGUCCGAGGUACAUGUAUGUCUUGAAUGGUUGAAGGAACCUCUAAGUGGCAUAGAACCUUCUAAGAUCCAGUACUGCCCUGAUUGUAUCAAUUCGGCUAUCAUCGAUGACCAUUGUGAUGUCGAUAACCUUAAUGUUCUAACUGGAAUGGGAUACAGAAUGGAGCUGGGGUCUAUUUUCUUAUUAGCACUGGGUGGAGGAAUGACAGACAUUUUGGAAGAUCAACGAGAGGAGGCUCCCGAUCUCGAAUAUUAUGCCUCUGAUUCUGGUGCUGUCUUCCUGAGCGAUGAACAAGAAGCUGAGGGGUCAGUAGACUAUGCUUCUGAUAUGGAAAAUCUCACAGUAGAUGGUCAAGAAGGUGACGAAUUGACAGCAGUAAAUGGAGAAUCUGAGUCGGAUACUCUCUUAGAAGAUGAAGUUCAAGAAGGUGACUUUAGAUCAUUUGAAGAUUCUUCUGAUUCGGAUAAUCUCUUUGUAGAUGAUGCACAAGAAGAUGAUGAAGAAAUGAUUGACAUUGCAAUAGAUAAUGAUACUGAAUCGGAUAAUGACGAAUCAGACAUUUCAGCUUAUGAUACCACCGAUGAUGGUCUUGAUAACGAACGUGAUUCAGAAGAAAUUAUAUUAUAUGAUGAAGAUCCUGUUAGAAUCUCCACUGUUAGUGGAUGGUCUCAGCUAAAAAAGAAAGGUAUUUGUCAAAUUAGCAAUCUUCUUUGGCUGAGAGGACAACAACACUUCCUUGACAUCACCUCCAGGGCUUUCAGAUCGUUUCUCAUGGGUACAGUGUCAAAUGCACAAUACACCCAGAUGUUGGAAGAUGUCGAGGAAUGGGUCGAUCUAAUGCCUCAGUACUAUAGAAUUCCAAAAGAUACCAAGGGUAGAACAUUUGAAAUUCCCCUGCCCUUUUCAAGACUCCCUCCAAAAAUACAUACCUACUGUUCGGAAUGUGGAUUUGUAAUAGGAUUCAACGAGAACAAUGAAAACUUGAGAAGCUCUUCCCGUCAUGCAAAGAAUACUGGUCAUGAUAGAUUCAUCAGUCGCCAAGGGUAUGCUAUCAGAGCCGCAACAGGAUUCAAUCUCUUGGUCAUAUUUGGGUCUAACGAAACAGUCAGUACAUGUGAAUCGGAAGAUGGCGAUUAUGAUGAUGAAGAUAUUGUUAUUCCUUCAUUCGAAGAGGGACUGGGUUCACCAUUCACACCCCCUGAAUUCAUAGUGGAGCCGUACUCCACAGACGAAGAGGCCAGCGACUACGAACAAGAGCCUGAAUCUCUUCCACCUCCAUCUAAGGAAGAACAAUAUGAAGUGUCCGAACUAUUGAAACAUUCCCAUGGGUUAGUUUACGAUCCUAUCUUCUACUUGUACUACUACAUAACAGAAGAGCGGUAUGUUGACGUGAAUUCAAUGUUUUUCAAAAACACAUUGGAAGAUAUUGGUGACCACAAAAGCCGCAUUCGAAACUUGGUGGACCGUGUCAUUAGCACUCAAAUCAUUGACUCUCGAAAAUUCGAGAAGAAAGUAACCAGAGGUCACAUCCACUGGGCCAAAGAGUUGUCCGAAGUAGCUCGCUGGAAGAAGCUAUGCUUUUGUAAACAAUGCUAUCAGGUAUUCAAAACAAAAACUGCAUUUUCCAAGCACAGGCGUGAAUAUGCGAACAUGAGCGAAAGAGAACAUGCUGGUCAUGAUAUAAGUGCGGAUUUUAAAGGAUACCUUUUGGAGCGACCAAAGGGCCUCUACUAUGCAAUUGGGAUUCCAGAUGAUGUUGCUCAAGCCGAAGCUGCUGAAGCCGAAGCUACCGCUACUGCUGAAGAAAUUGCAAGUCUGAAAUCGCAAUGGGUUAUGGGUGGGCCUGGGUGGACGGUGGAAGAAUAUGAUAUCAAAGUGCAAUGGUUGGAGGGCAAGCUAGGUAUGCCUCCCGACCAAUUCUUGGCCAAGCACAACUACUUACUAGUGAAGGAGGUUGGUUUAUACUACGAUUUCACACAGAAGUGGUUCCGAAGUAUAACACACAGGUUGCUGAGGAAGGUCUUCUUCGGCGACUUAAUACUGACGGUGAGGCGUGAGUUAAUAUCUUACAUGCUCCACAAUAUGGAUAGACAGUAUGAAUACAUGUUGGCACCCCGUCACGAGCAGCAAGUUGCUACUUUGGAAGCAGCAGUAAAAUAUGACGGUCCAAUGGUGGCGGUGGAAAGUGGCAACGAAGAGCAUCUAGAUUUCGAGUUGGUAGAUAAUUGCAUACAGCCAACUAAAUACUACAUGUGUCAUGUGUGUAAGUUCAUUGCCCACCACUCCAGCGUCUCCGCUCAUAUCAAACAAGCCAAGCACCAACGAGAAGAGGGACCUGAAAAACAUGUUGUGUAUGGUUACAGUGUUCGGAAUGUAGAGGCUAAGACAAACUACUUCCGAAUUCAACACAAUCUAGCCAGUAGUUUUCACGAACCAACAGACAGCACUGCUGACUCUCAAAUUGUAGAUCCGUUUUUAUCCAGAUACAAAGCGCAUGAGUAUACAAAGUUCCGUUCAUUUUUGAACAUGUCUAAUGACAAAAGAUGGCCACGUUUGGUACAAUUGUGCAAGAAAUAUGUAACCAAGAAAAGAUUAGCUUUGAGCAUCGGAUCUUCUCUCUCAGCACUCAUCAAAAACCCCCGGUUCUGUAGCACUCCAAACUCAGCCCUGCGAUACGGACCCAUGCUUGCCAGAUUCCUCUUUGUUGCCAUGAAAAUGUGCGAGUUGAAGGAACACAAAGCAAUGGAAGAGUUUGAGCAAGUAUUCUGUGCCAACAAAAAACAGGGACUACGAAGAUUUUUCGGUCAAAUGACGAAAUUUGGUGCGUUCUGGUUGUUGUCUCCGGUACUAGUGUUGCAGGAAGACGAUUCAAACGCCAUGGAAGAUGUCUUUAUGAGCAGUCUAGUCUUCUUGAUGAAGGAGGAAUAG